CCCGAGCUUCUUCCCUCGCUUCUAUUCUCAUACACGACUUCACUCAGCUGCUUUGCUCUUUGCUGCGUUCCCUUCUAUGAGGCGCCGGAUACGAUCUGAGCUCCAACUUGAGUUCGUAUUCAUGCCCGGUCACACUAAUCAGCCUUUUAGUUUCCUGAGGCGGAUGAUUCCGACAACGUAGUCGGUAACGCAACGAGAAUGCCGCGAACCUCCGAUCUUUACAACUACAGAGAACUAGAGGCAACAAAGCAGCAGAUAAAUCUAGCGAAAUUGUUGCGAUCUCCACCUGCGACAGAUACACUACCCAAUCGUGGCAUCAUCCACUGUGAACUUGAGACAUUUGAUAUCGACGCUGCACCCGAGUUCAUUGCUCUAUCGUAUACUUGGGGUGAUUCAUCAGCGACACAGUAUAUCCUCAUCGACAACAAGUCAUUCAUCGUUAGGAUGAAUCUGUUCGAUUUUCUUUCCGUAUUUCGCUCAGACGAUACUAAUACCUGUUAUCUCUGGAUCGAUCAGAUCUGUAUAAAUCAGCAGGAUACGUCAGAAAGCAACCAUCAAGUUUGCCUGAUGGCUCGAAUGUACUCCGAAUGCAUCUAAGUCAUCGCCUGAUUAGAUCUGUCUUCGUCAAGAGCGGCGCGAAGGUACUCCAACAAUAAAACCGUCGAGAAUACUGAGGCUAUCUUGAGAAACCGCUACUUCAUGCGUCUGUGGAUCGUACAGGAAGUAAUGCUCCCUAAGAAAGCACAUACCAUGUGCGGUCAUGUC